UUCCACGUUGAGCAGGCAAGUUGCUGCUCGAGCUGCUCUCUCCUGCAUUCUUCGCUGCAGGGGCACUCUAUUCUCGACGUUCUUUGCAUUCUCGUUGUCUUCAACAUCGUGUGUGUUUUCGUGAGCUGAGCAUCCAACAGCCCUCAUCAGCUUAACGAGAGCAGGGCCAGCUCUCGGUCCGGCUCCUCCAGCGUCCGUAGACCUCCCCGGCUACAAACUGCAACGUUCCAACGUCAUCGCGAUCCACUGACGAGCAGCCCAAGAUGCGCCGUUGCGAUCUUGAGGCCUGCAGAAUGCUUCUCUACACACACCUCAGAUUUGCGCUCGAGAACUGUCUCCCCACAACUCCAUCACUCUCGUCGCGUGGGAUUUCCACAGUUCUUACCACAAUUUUCGUCGUCACUUUGUUUGAUUGGAUGACUGCCAUGCAUGUUUGCAAGGAUGGACGAAUGGGGACGAGAAGACGGAAGAGAACGCAGCUAUCGAUAAGUGGUUUUCGGCCCUGCAUUGGUGUUAUGCAGAGCUUGCGCAAGUUGUGCGCCGCCGCAGCGUUGAACCAGUUUUCAUUUCUCAACACCGAGCGAGUGAGCGAGCAGACCGAUCGCUUGACUCAAUGUUGGAGGCGUCGUUGGGCUUAUGUUUUCGGAUUUCUUGACGUGAGGCAGUUGUAAGAGUCGUGUUGCCGAUCAGAUGAAUUCUGAGGAGAUCACAAUAUCGU